AACGGUCUGGGGCGUUACCACAGUACUGCAGUUGUCCUUUCUAGGUUCCGGUUGUAUUUCUGUGCUUGAACUACCUGCCCGCUAAUCAUUUUGUUUCUAGCCAUAUACGAUCGCAACCAACCGGGGAAGACAGACACAACUCUGACAGGACUGAAACCGGUUGUGUCGAGCCAUGGCAUUCAGUAAAGGUUAUCGUAUUUAUCAUAAACUGGAUCCACCUCCAUACAGUGUGAUCGUGGAGACCAGAAAUCGAGAGGAAUGCCUGAUGUUUGAGUCUGGAGCUGUUGCUGUACUGUCGGCGGCAGAGAAAGAGACCAUCAAAACGGCAUACACCAAGAUGCUGGAUGCUUAUGGGAUUCUGGGAGUUCUUCGUCUUAACCUUGGAGAUUCUAUGCUCCACAGCCUGGUGGUCGUAACGGGAUGCAGUUCAGUUGGAAAAGUCCAGGACUCAGAAGUUUUUCGGGUAACGGGAACAGACUUCGUCUCUCUGAAGAAUGACCCCUCAGAUGAGGACCGGAUUGCUGAUGUCAGGAAAAUCUUAAACUCUGGGAACUUCUAUUUUGCCUGGUCCUCCACUGGAGUGAGUCUGGACCUCAGCUUGAAUGCACACCGCAGGAUCAGAGAAGACAUAUCGGACAAUCGUUUUUUCUGGAAUCAGUCCCUCCAUCUCCAUCUCAAGCAUUAUGGGGUGAACUGUGAUGACUGGCUGCUGAGGUUAAUGUGUGGCGGUGUGGAGAUUCGCACCAUCUACGCUGGGCACAAACAGGCCAAAGCUUGCGUGAUCUCUCGUCUCAGCUCGGAGAGAGCAGGCACACGCUUCAAUGUCAGAGGCACAAAUGACGACGGCCAGGUGGCCAACUUUGUGGAGACAGAGCAGGUUAUUUUCCUUGACGACAAAGUAUCCUCCUUCAUUCAAAUCCGAGGGUCAAUACCACUGUUCUGGGAGCAGCCAGGAAUUCAGGUCGGAUCCCACCGUGUGAAGCUGUCCCGUGGUUUUGAAGCAAACGCACCAGCUUUUGAGAGACACUUUAGUGCUCUGAGGAGGCUGUAUGGCAAACAGGUGAUCAUCAACCUGCUGGGUAUGAAGGAGGGUGAACACAUGCUCAGUAAAGCAUUUCAGAGUCACCUAAAAGCUUCGGAGCAUGCAAACGCUGUGAGAAUGUUGAACUUUGACUAUCAUCAGAUGGUUAAAGGUGGGAAGACUGACAAGCUCAAUACUGUCCUGAAACCUCAGAUCAGCAAGUUUCUGGAGGAAUGUGGUUUCUUCUAUUACUCAGGGGAGGCCGGCAUUCAGAGAUGUCAAACUGGGACCAUUCGUUCCAAUUGUCUGGACUGCUUGGACCGAACAAACAGUGUCCAGGCUUUCAUUGCACUUGAGAUGCUUCCAAAACAGUUGGAAGACAUGGGUCUGACGGAGAAGCCUCAGCUGGUGGCACGCUUUCAGGAGGUCUUCCGCGCUAUGUGGUCCACCAAUGGAGACUCCGUCAGCAAAAUCUACGCAGGCACUGGCGCUCUGGAUGGCAAGGCUAAGGGUGGAAAGCUAAAAGACGGCGCUCGCUCUGUUACCAGAACCAUUCAGAACAACUUCUUUGACAGCUCUAAACAGGAAGCCAUUGACAUCCUGAGACUGGGCAGCACCCUGAACAGUGACCUGGCGGAUAAAGCACGAGCUCUUCUCACAACCAGCAGCCUGUAUGUCUCUGAGCCCAUUUUACAGUCAGCAUCUCCCAGAGUGCUUCUUGGCAUGUGUCAGAACCACUACAAGUACACACGACCCAAGAAGAUCAGAGUGUGUGUGGGUACAUGGAACGUGAACGGAGGCAAGCAAUUCCGCAGCAUUGCGUUUCGUAACCACACGCUUAAUGACUGGCUCCUGGAUGCCCCUAAGAAGGCCCGUCAUCCUGAAUUCCAGGAUGGGAAAUCCAACCCUGUGGACAUCUUUGCUAUUGGCUUUGAGGAAAUGGUGGAGCUUAAUGCUGGGAAUAUUGUCAGUGCAAGCACCACUAAUCAGAAACUGUGGGCUGCAGAACUGCAGAAGAACCUCUCACGAGAUCAAAGAUACGUGCUGCUGGCCUCAGAGCAGCUGGUUGGUGUGUGUUUGUUCGUCUUCAUACGCCCUCAGCAUGCACCGUUCAUCAGGGAUGUUGCUGUUGAUACAGUGAAGACUGGAAUGGGCGGGGCCACUGGUAAUAAAGGAGGUGUGGCUAUUCGCAUGCUCUUCCACACAACUAGCAUCUGCUUCGUGUGCUCACACUUUGCCGCUGGCCAAUCACAGGUCAAGGAAAGGAACGACGACUACAAUGAAAUUGCACGCAAACUGUCCUUCCCUAUGGGUCGUCUCCUUUACUCUCAUGAUUACGUAUUCUGGUGUGGAGAUUUCAACUACCGAAUAAAUAUUCCUAAUGAAGAGGUGAAGGAGCUGAUCAAACAGCAGAGCUGGGAUGCCCUGAUCGCUGGAGAUCAACUGGUGGAGCAGAAGAAUGCUGGACAGGUUUUCAGAGGCUUCAUUGAAGGGAAGCUGGAUUUUGCCCCCACUUACAAAUAUGACCUGUUUUCGGAGGAUUAUGACACCAGUGAGAAGUGCCGCACACCGGCCUGGACUGACCGUGUGCUGUGGAAGAGAAGAAAGUGGAACUUUGAUAAAACUGCAGAAGAAUUGGAGUUGAAUGUAGUAGGAGCCCCAGUGAAUGAGGAAGAUCAGUACCCAUGGAGCCCUGGAGAGCUCAAGUACUAUGGUAGAGCAGAGCUCAAAACCUCUGAUCACAGGCCUGUGGUGGCCAUCAUAGACGUGGACAUACUUGAGGUGGAUCCAGAGGCCAGACAUCAGGUGUAUAAGGACGUGAUCGCCCUGCAGGGUCCACCUGAUGGAACCAUCCUCGUCUCUCUCUGCACUUCUGGUCCUGAUGACUUCUUUGAUGAUGCUUUGAUCGAUGACCUGUUGGACAAGUUUGCUAAUUUUGGCGAGGUUAUUCUUAUCAGGUUUGUUGAAGAGAAAAUGUGGGUGACAUUUUUGGAGGGAUACUCAGCACUGGCAGCUCUCUCUUUGAGUGCCUCUACUGUGAAUGGAAAGACCAUAGACAUCCGUCUGAGGAGUCCUGGUUGGAUAAAGAGUCUAGAGGAAGAAAUGAGUGUGGAGAGAAUCUGCGGUAGCAUCCCAACGUCCACCAGCUCUACCCUGUUGGCAGAAAACUCUGACAUGGGGGAAGAGUAUGAUAUGGAAGGUGAUGUGGACGAAGAGGUUGAGGAUAUCUUACCCCAGCACCUGCAGCCUGGAGCAGGCAUGGAUCUAGGCUCGUCCCCCACCCCAUCCCCACGCAGCAGCCCCUGCCCCUCUCCUACCCACGGAGAGCCUGCGCCCCCCAUCCGGCCCAGCAGAGCCCCCCCACGCACAGCUGGACCACCACAGGGAGGAUUAAGCCCAGCAUCCAUUAGAAGGGAACUGGCAGGUUCUCCGGUAGAUGGUCAGCCAGCUGGAGCUCCUUCAUCGCAGGGGCUAGAGCCAAAACGCCCCCCUCCUCCACGUCCCAAUGCCCCACCAGCCCGACCUGCACCUCCACAGCGCCCACCACCACCCUCAGGAGGUCCUACACCUGUUAGGAAAGAUUCAGCAGGACAAAAAAGCCCAGCGUUAGCACGUGCAGAUGCAGCUGGUCGAGGUCAAGCAACUGGAACAGCCCCUGGAGGCGCCCCAAGGCCGAUCCCACCUCGAGCAGGAGUUAUCAGUGUCCCUCCUCAGGCAAGACCACCUCCUCCUGCUCAUCCCGGGGCCCCCAGACCCAUAGAAGUGCAUCCUGGGGCCCCCCGACCUUCACUUGAUAAUCACCCCGGAGCACCAAGACCCACUCCUGAACCCCAAAGCAAGCCAUCCGAGCUGCCUCUGGGUCCACCCCCCACACUGCCAGGUCCCAUGAGACCUCAGAUGAUAUCACCCAUGCAACCUCAGUCUAUGUCACCAGUGCAGCCUCCUGUCCAAGCUCAGCUCCCUCCACCAAUGCAGCCCACCUUUCCUGCCCCUCUGAUGCCUCAGCCGGCCUCCCAAGUGUCUGCUGGAGUCGCUGCCGCCCCUCAGUCCGGACUGGCAUCUCCCAAGCCUCCACCCCGGAGCCGGUCCUCUCACACACUGCCACCUGAGUCUGCUCCUCCCCCUACAACCCAGGCCAAGGAUAUGAAUGGAGUCCAAAGAGAAGCACAAUGGAAACUAGACCCCUUCGACAUGCUUAACAACCAGUCCCUCUUCCAGAACGCAUCGUUCUCCGCUUCUCUCCCUCGCUCUUCAUCCUCAUCCACCCCCUCCUCUUCUUCUUCCUCUACGUUACCCAGCUCCCUCUCCCUGUUCUCGUCUCCGGACACCAGCAACGCUCCAUGUCUCCUGCCUCCACCCAUUACCUCACGCAGCAAAUCCCAGGAGACCCUCCGUGCAUCCCCCAAUCCGUUCCUCGCAGAUGCUCAACCCAGACCCAACAGCACCAACCCUUUCACCGGCAACCUGCUGUCCUCCCCUCCCCGAUCACUCACACCCGAUUUCUUCACCCAUCAGCAGGCCCAAGCGGCCAAGCCUGGCCUGAACAGGGCCAUGUCGACUGUGGUUCACAGUUCCACUCUUCCACCAUCUUUCUCCAGACAACAAUCCUUAGUUCCUGCUACAGCAGCAGCCCCAACCAAACAGACCCAAAAGUGGGUCACCUUUGAUGACGAUUCAGACUUCCUUUCAAGAAAUGCUCCAUCCGCAGUUAGGACCGGCUCACCACUUAUACCCGCAGCCUCAUCCCUUCCCUUCCCACAACCCCAGGGCAGCUUCCCCAGCUCGGGCUUUGACUUCCUUUCAGCAAAGGCUCCAUCUGCAGUUGGGACCGGCGCGCCACUUAUACCCGCAGCCUCAUCCCUUUCCUUCCCACAACCCCAGAGCAGCUUCCCCAGCUCAAGCUUUGACAUGGACAGUAACUGGACGUCGCUUCCCACCUCUGCGUUCCCCACAAUCCCCCCUCCAAUCUCAACCAGGACUAAUACCAGCAUCAAAAAUGCCCACAUCCCUUCCAGAAACGAAUUUACAGAGAGAUGAUACAGCGGAGAACAUGUAUGUAAAAUAUGGAGAAAAUAUUAUUGUGUAUCUAUGGUUUGUAUAAAAGUGAGGUGGUGGUAUUGACUUGUUUGUCCGAAAUAAAUGAAUCCAGCUGUUUCUGAGCCCAACUCGGACAGGAAACCAAGAAGAAAUCAAGUAUGUUUAGCACAGUAUGUUUUUUUUUAGAUUUUAAAAUAAUGGGCAGAGAACCUGCAUAGACAUGUACACACAUAUUUGUGUAAAAUUUUACACUUAAAUGGCCAGAUAUUACACAUUUAGACCGCAAAUCAUUCAGCGUCAAGCUACAUAAUCAGAUGUAAAAAAUGUACAAAUAUUAAAUUAUAUAUCUUGUUGCGUUUUCAAUUUCAUUAUUUACUCACCCGGAUGUCAGAACGCAAAAGACGAUAUUUUGAAAAUGUUUUUUUUUUUUUCCCCAUUCAGUGGAUCUCAAUGGGGUUGUUUUGGACCCCAUUGACUUCCAUUAUACGCACAAAACCCGUUAAAACAUUCUUCAAAAUACGUUCCACAGAAGAAAGCAAGUCAAACAGCUUUGUAACGACAUAAGGUGAGUAAAUGAUGAUAGAUCUUUAAUUAUUUGGUGAAAUAUCCCUUUAUUCUGCAAAUAAGAAAAACUUAUUAUCAAAUGCACAGAUUUAAAAUGCCUGGCUUUGUCCAACCUGUUCUACGCCGUCAUAUCCGAUAAAUGGGCUUAACAGUGAGCCAAGAUAUUUUUCGUUGUUUAUCUUAUGAAUGUAUCUUUCACCAGUUUCUAUUGCCUAUGUUUAGAUUCAGACUGGUGUGCGCAGUACAGUUGCUGUGCUUUACUGCAUACUCAAAUCCAGGGUCUAAUUUUUCUGGGUGUUCACGCAAAAGACCCCCCUCCCAUCCCCGUGCAUCCUCUAGCACGGCCAAUGUGCUUAGCUUGUCAAAAUAUAUCUUCUAUACAUAUUCAUAGUGAUUAUAUGUCUUCCUAGUGAGGAAAAAUGUAAAGUAGUUCUGAAUUGUGUUUAUAUUUGCAGCAUAUACAUGCCAUAUCUAAAGUGCACUGAAGAGCUUUGUCCUCUAGGCUUUCAAACACAAAGUUUGAGAUGUUACAUUUGUGUGGAGAGGGCGUAUGAGGGUCACAGUGGCCCUCUCAUUCAUCGACACUGUAUAUACAUGUGCUUUCAGUUUCAUCUGAUCCAAAGCUCACAACAGAACUGCUGUAUUUAACAAAUGUGUAGUGUGUGCGUGUUUGAUUUGGUGGGUUCCUCCUUCAGGUUGUUGGUCAUGCUUUCUUUUGUGCAAUGUGUACUUAUUCGCUCAAUGAAAUAUUUUUUAAUUUCGAUGAACAGGUUGUUGAUAAAUCUAUUUAUUGUUAUGUGGAGGAAUACUGUGCUGUAUUUUGGAGCGUGACGUCUGGUUCUUGUACUUUAGCUGUUUGUGCGAGUGCGCUUGAGUGUUUGCGUCGUCAUGUUGAGGGACUCCGAUAUCUCGAGUACGAGUCAUUAUAGCAUUAUGUCUUCAGACUGUUUUAGAGAAAUAUAUUUGUUAUGGUAUCAAGUAUGGUAUAAUCUUGAGGGGGAAAGCAAACUGUUAAAUGAACACACAGAAGGAUUAUGAAUACCAUAACAUUUAAAGCUACCAUCCUAUGUUGUUUAAUAAUGCCUUAGACAUUUUGGAGAAGUUCAAAUGUGUUUGAUGGGUUUUUAUUGGAUUAAUGGUUCAGCCUCAGUUGUUUUUGUUGAUUCCAUAGCAUUCCAGACUGUGUAAUGAUGCAUUAUGGGUGAAUGAUCAGCCUUCGGGCACUGAUUUUAUGUGUGCAGUAAUUUUACUCAUAUUAUGCAGGUUUUUUAAUGUCCCUCGAGGGCAUAAUGAAAUGAUUCAUUCUUGGUUAAAGUGUAGGUAUUUCAGGAAAGCAGUAUUUUACUUGUACUUUUGUUCCUUGUUUACAUUUUAGGUACAAAUUUAACAUCUGCGUAGUUGUUCAAAUGUUCGCCUGGGAUGUGUUGAGCAACAUAUUUUGGCUUUGAGCUUACAGAUAUAUUUUUGAACCUGAAAAGCACUGAAAAGUUUGUCUCUAUUUGGGGUUUGGUUGAGGAAGGGGUCAGAAGAAUGCUAGCCAGCAAGAUUAUGUGUACUAAUGCAUGAGAAAACCAUUCCAAAAUGCAUUCCAAAGCACUAACUGUGAACAUCUCCAGAAUACAAACAAGUAUCAGGUUAUGGAAAAUAUACUAUAUAUAUAUAUAUAUAUAUUUAUUUUGAUGACUGGUAAACACAGUGUAACCACUUAACAUUCAAAGGCAUUAGAAGUUAUUUGUUCAGGUGUUCUGUAUGUUAUGAAAGCAUUGAAUCUUGACAUUGCCAGUUAUUAAAAACAAAAAAGGUUUUAUAGGAAUUAAUUAACUCCUUUUGUGAAGUUAACUCUCCUAUGUAGCUUUUAGCCCAGUAGUGAACAAAAGUCUGUGGUAUUAACCUUAUAUGUAUGUAUUCACAAACCCCAAAACUGCAAUUCAGUAACGAGUACUCGAUCUGUAAUUUAAGUGCAUACCAAAACUGCACAUUUAUGUAUGGAGCAAUUGAUGUUGUAUGUAUGCAAUAAUAAAUGUAAUUCAACAUGAA